AUGGAGGAGCAAUAUCACGACGGGCUGCGACAGCAUGAGGCGGCAGCAGAGUCGUCAGUGCCGUUGCUGGAGAAGAAGGCCGGCGGCGUGUUGUACGUGGAGGGGUGCCCCGGGUGCGCGAUUGACCGGAGGAAGGCCGAGAACCCGGGCAUCCCCUACAGCAGCUUCCUGUACGUAUGGGUCAUCACCCUAAGCACCGCUUUACCAAUAUCUUCACUGUUCCCCUACUUGUACUUCAUGAUAAGAGACUUGCAUGUUGCAAAAAGAACAGAAGACAUUGGGUUCUAUGCUGGGUUUGUAGGCGCUUCUUUUAUGUUCGGAAGAUUUUUGACUGCAACUAUUUGGGGAAUAGCAGCAGACCGUAUUGGCAGAAAACCAGUUAUUCUGUUCAGCGUUUUCUCCGUGGUAGUAUUUAAUACUUUGUUUGGGCUUAGUGUCACCUAUUGGAUGGCGAUAGCUACAAGGUUUCUCAUGGGUGCUUUGAAUGGCUUACUCGGACCCAUAAAGGCUUAUUCUAUUGAAGUUUGCCGACCCGAACAUGAAGCUCUAGCACUAUCACUUGUUAGCACAUCAUGGGCAAUAGGUCUCAUCAUUGGUCCUGCUCUUGGAGGCUACCUUGCACUGCCUGCAGAAAAAUAUCCAAAUAUCUUUUCGCCUGACUCACUCUUUGGAAGGUUCCCGUACUUCUUACCAUGCUUAUGCACAUCAGUCUUUGCUGCCGUUGUUCUGACAGGCUGUCUAUGGAUGCCGGAAACCUUAUAUUGUCGGCAUGAACACAGAUAUUCUAUAUUUAUAAGUCUUGAUGAAACAUUACACAAGCAUAAGGCCAGUGAAAAUGGCAAACAAAGUGUUGAUGCUUUGGAGGCCCAUCUGAUUGAUCCGCAAGAAAAGGUCGAAGAAAGUGACAGUGUAGAUACCAAGAAGAGCUUAUUCAAGAAUUGGCCAUUGAUGUCUUCCAUAAUUGUUUAUUGUAUCUUCUCCUAUCAUGACAUGGCUUAUACAGAGGUGUUCUCUCUAUGGGCUGAAAGUGACAAGAAGUAUGGUGGACUAGGUUUAUGGUCCCAAGAUGUGGGCCAAACGCUCGGAAUAACAGGUGGCAGUUUGCUUGUGUAUCAAAUGUUCAUAUACCCACGCAUCAAUAAAGUUCUUGGACCGAUCAAAUGUUGUCAAAUCGCAGCCGCUCUGUGCAUACCUAUUCUAUUCACCUAUCCCUAUAUGACAUACCUCUCAGGAGCUGCAUUAUCAAUCAUUCUGACUAUUGCAUCAGUCUUAAAAAAUAAUAUUUCUGCUACCAUCAUUACAAGCAUCUUCAUCCUUCAAAACAACGCUGUGUCUCAGGACCAAAGAGGAGCAGCCAAUGGAUUAGCCAUGACUGCAAUGUCCCUUUUCAAGGCAGUUGCUCCUGCAGGCGCCGGCAUUGUGUUCUCAUGGGUGCAGAAACGCCAACAUACUUUCAUCCUUCCAGGUGAUCAUAUGGUGUUCUUUCUGCUGAACAUGAUAGAGCUCCUUGGACUUGUCCUCACGUUCAAACCCUUCCUCGCCGUGCCAGAGCAGUAUGAUAGAAACUAG